CUGGAGAGCCGCAGUUUAGCCGUGGGCUGGAGAUGGAGGGAGAGUGGCGGGAAGAGGAGCCAAUCAGAGAGCAGGGAGCAAUCGUAGCCACCAAUGAGCUUGGGCCGUUGCCAGCCGCGGCAGUCCGAGUCCUUGCCAGGGGUGCGGGCAAAUGAAGCACAUCUGGGCAGUUGCGCGGCGCGGCUUGAGGGCUGUUACAUUUCCCCUUGGUUAGUUUCCAGCUCACUCUGCGUUCUCUCCCUCUGAACAUUUAGUGACUUAUUGCCUUCCCCAAAGAAGAAGUCGAGGACCCAGGCUGAAAACUUUUCCCAGAGAAAUGGGACUAAGCACCUAAUUUAAUUUUCUUCAGGUUUUAAGAGCAACAAGAGCAGAAUCAGCCCCAUCAACAAAAGCCCAGCUAUUGUCUGGUUUUAAAUUGACUAUAAAGACUGAGUCGUAAAGAAACUGACAAGUUAGGUUCUGCAGAGCUAGAGAACAAUGGGGAGUUUCAGAGGUCAUGCCCUGCCUGGGAGCUUUUUCUUAUUCUUUGGCUUUUGGUGGAGUGUGAAGUAUAUAAUGAAGUAUGUCUGCAAAAAGAACAAGAGGACCUGUUUCCUUGGAUCCAGAGCAGGAUUUCAACGUUUGGAAAUUAUUGAGGGCUUGAUCAAAAUCUCCAUGUCUUUAACUGGCAUGACAGCAGAACAGUUUGUUCCUGGUGGACCUCACCUGAUCUUAUACAACUAUGAGGAGAAACACUGGACUGACCUCAUGAGCUGGCAGCACUCGACCAUGUAUUUCUUCUUCGGACUCUCUGGAUUGGUCGACAUCUUGUGCUUCACCACCCAUGCACUGCCAGUUUCCUUAAGCAAGAUGAUGCUCUCAAAUGCCUUUUUUGUGGAAGGUUUUAUCUUCUACUUCCACAUUCAUGGCCGAGCAAUGUUGGACAUAUACAUACAUCAGCUGCUUUUCCUGUCCGUUAUUGGUGCAGCCAUCUGCAUAUUCAUGGAAUUCUUCUUCCGGAGCAACAUAGUUUUGGAGCUCCUCCGGUCCAGUUUUGUCUUGCUUCAAGGCAGCUGGUUUUGGCAGAUCGGCUUUGUAUUGUAUCCCCCUGAUGGAAGCCCUGAAUGGAACCAGUCGGAUCACAGCAACAUGCUGUUUCUGACCGUGUGCUUUUGCUGGCAUUAUGCAUUCACUUAUUUCAUCCUGGGUGUGAAUUAUGCUCUUAUCACCUGGUUGAUUAGGUCAAAAAUUAAGAAGAACUUUCCUCCUGACAUGAGAUUGCUGAAAAACGCUGAACGAGACCAAGAAUCAGAAGAAGAAAUAUAAUUUUGUUAGGUGUCCCUAUUCUUCCAGUUAGACUUCUUACCUUUAGGUUGAUGUCUGCAAAUGUGGUUUGUGCUAAUAUUCUUGUUCUUCCUUAUGUGACUAGCCUUGUAAAGGGCAACCUCCAAGAUAGUUUGUCUUGUCCUUUUAUGCGACUAGGUCCUGUAAGGAUCAGUCUCUGCAUACUGUAUUCUCUCACUUUGCUAAAGAAUUUGCAUGUAUUGUUUUUUUAGGCCCAGGUGUACAUUUGGAGCGUGGUUCACUUUGCACUUUAAUCAUAGAAUUAGAGGGUUGAGUGGGGUUUCCAUGACAAUUUAGCCCAUCUUCCUAAUGUUUGAUGUUGCACAUGGAAAAAGAUGUGUACUAUUUUUCCUUGAGAUGGGUUAGAUUAUCUGAGUUAAACUUGCAACCAUUUGUAACUUAUUAAACAUAUGAUUUAGAGGAAGCACAGUGUAGUGGAUUAUAUAUUGGCCUUGGAGCUGAGAAGAUCUGGUUUCUUGUAUCACCUCUGACAUAUACUGACUGUGUGACCCUGAGAAAAGUCACAUAACCCCUUAGUGCCAUGGGCAAUUCUCUAAGGCUGUGAUACAGAGAAAGUGCUGGUGGGCCUUGGUAGAGGGAGCUUCCUUAUCUGAGAGUACUUUAUACCAAUGAAAUCAUAGGUGGUCCAGGCACAAUAUCCUGUCCCAAACUCAGAAUUAACAUGCCUUCCAUGCCAAUGCGUGAAUGUUUUUCGGAGCAGAGAUUUUGCAUCUUUCUUGCUAGCUGUCCACCCGAUGCCUUAUCUUCACUAGCACUUGGUAUGGACGUCUGUUGGUGGUAGAAAGGAUUCAGCAGAGAUAAUAAGACACUCCCAAGUAACAGCUGCACAGGUUACAGGUUAACAUAUGUUUAAAUUUAUAUGUGAAUAAAACUACUUAACCUACAUGAUCUCUAUUUCUAUCUCUUCUCACAGUAGUCUUUAAGCCAGUUCCAUGAGAAGGGUAGAUGAGAAAGCAAUCUGAGGGGUAGAUAAACCCUCCUCAGUCAGUCUAGUGCUAGAGCUGGGCUAUGUAAACUUGCUGAGGAUUGGGUAAACAAGUUAAUGAAGGAGGUGUUUUUCCUUUUACUUAAUUUUGCCAUUGCCAUGAUCUUCAAGGGACGGAACUGUCAUCCUCCAAAGCCUCUCCAUGGCAUGGAGAUGUUCUUUGAUUCGGGCCUUCAAUCUGGUUAGAUUGACUAUGGGCUCAGAAAUCUGCUAUGGACAAGAGGAAAAACCUCCCAGAGCACCUUGAAGGUGUGAGCCCAGGCCUUGAGCCAACCCAAAAGGCAGGUUGAUGAACAGAAUGAGCACUGACUUCAAGUCUUGGAUUCUGGUCCCAGCUGUGGGACCAAGAGUGGGUAGCUCCUUUCUGAGCUUCAGUUCUCUGAGGAAGGCCGACUAGACCAGAGGUAUCAAACUCAAAUAGAAAUGGGGGCUGCUAAGCCAUACACAAGAGUCCCUGUGGGCUACAUGUUGACUGAGAAAAUAGCAUCAUGUGCUAUUACACUUAAUAUUUAUUUUGUGAUAUACUUCCCAGUGAUGUUUUAAUGUGAUUCAAGCUGUACUCUUCAUUGUUUGACACCUUUGGACUAGAUGAUUUCUGAGCUUUCUUCUGGCUUUAGAACUGAUUGAAGCAUGUGCUGUUCUCAGGAGUCAUUCCUGAUCGUCCUGUGCUGUUCCCGUAUUUGAAUCAGUCAGUCAGUCAACAUUUAUUAAGUGUUCCAGGCACUGCUAAGUGCUGGGGAUACAAAGAAAAGUAAAAGACAGUCCCUGUUCUCAAGGAGCUCACAGUUGAGUAGGGGAGAUAAUGUGCAAACAGCUAUGUACAAACGAGCUGUGUAGAAACCAAAUAGGAAAGAAUCAGCAGAGGGAAGGCACUAGAGGGAUCCAGAAAGAAUACCUACAGAAGGUGGGAUUUCAGCAGAAAGACAGGGAAGCCAGGAGGCGGAGAUGAGAUGGGAAAACAUCCCAGGUGUGGGGGACAGCUGUGUCACUGGAUGCCAGAGUGUGUUGACAGGCAGGGAAACAUGCAGGGUGUAAGAGACUGGGAUCAGGGGUGGGUGGGGCGCGCAGGUUGUAGAGGGCUCUGUAGUGAAUAAGACUGAGGAUGAUGGAUUUAGGAAUCAUUGCAUCAACCCUUCAUUGUGGAGAAAAGAAAGGAGGCUUAUGAGCAAUCCCAGGGGAAGGAAGGCGUUUCAUAACCUUGGUUCUCAAAUUUCAAAACUCCCAACAGGCAUAUAUGUACCACCUUGAUGGUGGAAGGUGGAGAUGAGAUGAUUCAGGCCUGUGGGUCAGACCUACUGUCAAGCUCAUAAAACAUUUUAUUAGGAUUUUAAAAGAAUAGGCAUAAAUCUGUAUCUAUGCAAUAAUCUUGAGACUUGUUCCAAAAGACUUGGUUCAAGGAACAAAUUACAAAAAAAAAAAUCAUGCAGGUGCUUGUUAGGACACUUAGGGAAUCAGGACACAGUGAUCCCACUCCUGUUCUAUGUCAUUUGGCUUUUUUUGGAUCAAUCAAUUUCCACGAUUUUGGCAUGUCUGGGUUCUGCAAGUGAGUGGAAUCUCAACUGAAGCCAUUAGGAGUGGGCCUGCGAUUUUGGUGACCUCAAGAAUUAGUAGCAUCAUAAUGAUUCACUUAUAGAGUGUCUCUCAUUCCUUAUCCAUUUGCCCCUCAACAGCCUUCUGAAGUAAGUCCUGUAAAUAUUAACAUCUGUAUUUUAUAGAGGAAGAAACUGAGGCACUGGGUAAGUGACUUGCAUGGCUAGUAAGUGGCAGAGUCAGGAUUCAAACCCAGGUCUUCUGACUCCAAGCCCAGUGUUCUUUCCACUGUGUGGCAUCAUGUGGACUCAUGGGAUUGUAAAAUGAGGUAACUAGUGAUGGAAUUUUAUAAGUGGAGUGGAUAAGCAAUUUUUGUAAAUUCAAGAAUGGGCUUUGAAGAAUGUCCAGUGCUGUGGGGCCUCUGGAAAAUUUCCUGGUGGAGAGAGCUGAGAUGUACUUGUGAAGCCCAGUUCCUGGGAUGUAACCUGGUGCGGCUGACUGUAAGUUCUGGAACAAAUAGGACAUUCAAACCCUACUGCAGUAGUUUUGUGAUUCUUGGUUAGGCUUUUCAGGGGACUAUUUAAUGAAAUAACAUGAUGAAUAAACAAUACUGCAGUCUUGAGCUGAAACAAUA